AUGUUUCAGAUCAAGGUCCUCAUUACACCAAAACGAGCUUCAAUUGUCAUCAUUUUAGUCUUUGUGGUCCUUAUCUUCAGCAUGGCGCCCGUCUAUGUUGUCAACAGACUUGGCUGGAGAUUCUUCCCAGAGAAAAAUAAAACCUUACUUGGUCUUAUUCACACACAGGAUAGAGAAAAAGUGGAGAAGAUUUCUUUCGCCAUCAACAACGCUUUUGUUUCCUUCACCGCGUUUGUGGUUAUCCUUGUUUGUACUGUUAUGUUAGUAGUUAAAUUACACAAACUUACAGUCUGGAGGAGAAAGUCUGUACUGAUCACACAAUCUGAUACUAUCUCCACAAAGAACCAAAAA